CUCCGCCGCGGCCCCUCCCCUCGGGGGCGCUCCCCUCAGAGGCGAGGCGGCGGGGCUCGGGGUGCUAUGGCGCUGCGGCCGCGGGGGGCCGGGCAGCUUUGGGCCGAGCGGGGCUGGUAUCUGUCCGCCCGCGAGCAGCCAGAGGAUGAGGAGGCGGACGAGGACGGGGAGUCUGCCCCGCUGCUGCCGCCGGGCAGCGUGCAUGAUUCUCAAAGUCAUGGUUCUUCCUUUGCUUUCUCAGUAUUUAAUUUAAUGAAUGCUAUCAUAGGAAGUGGGAUACUUGGCUUAUCCUAUGCUAUGGCCAACAUGGGGAUCGUGGGGUUUAGUAUCUUGCUGCUGAUUGUUGCCGGCCUUGCUUCUUACUCUGUAUUUCUUCUGCUCAGUAUGUGCACUCAGACUGCUGUCACUUCUUAUGAAGACCUUGGCCUGUUUGCAUUUGGAUCACCUGGAAAGGUCCUUGUUGCAACUACAAUAAUUAUCCAGAAUAUUGGAGCUAUGUCGUCUUACCUUUUAAUUGUCAAAUCUGAACUUCCUGGUGCUGUUGCGGGAUUCUUAAGUGAAGAUGAGAGUGGGUCUUGGUACCUUGAUGGCAGACUGCUGUUACUGAUUACUUCAGUCUGCGUUGUUUUUCCUCUUGCGCUUCUUCCUAAAAUUGGCUUUCUUGGCUACACAAGUAGUUUAUCAUUUUUCUUUACGGUGUACUUUGCUCUUGUGAUUAUGGUUAAAAAAUGGUCAAUCCCUUGUCCUCUGCCUUUAAGUAGUGCUGUAGAGACCUUACAGGUUUCAAAUUCUACUGGGGAUUGUAAAGCAAAGCUCUUUCAUCUUUCAAAAGAGAGUGCUUAUGCAAUACCAACUAUGGCCUUCUCUUUUCUCUGCCAUACGUCAAUCUUACCCAUCUAUUGUGAGCUCCAGAGUCCAUCCAAAAGUAGAAUGCAGAAUGUAACUGUCGCAGGAAUUGGUCUGAGUUUCCUAAUUUACUUUAUGUCUGCUCUGUUUGGGUACCUGACAUUUUAUGACAAAGUGGACUCUGAAUUGCUACAGGGUUACAGCAAGUACCUGCCUCAUGAUACUGUUAUCAUGACUGUUAAAGUAGCCAUCCUGUUUGCUGUGCUUUUGACAGUCCCUCUAAUCCAUUUCCCAGCAAGAAAAGCUGUAUUGAUGGUAUUUUUCUCUCAUCUUCCUGUGUCGUGGAUUUGCCAUAUCCUUGUCACUUUAACACUGAAUACAAUUGUUGUGUUGUUUGCGAUGUACGUGCCAGACAUUAAAAAUGUAUUUGGAGUAGUUGGUUCAACCACAUCAACAUGUUUGCUUUUUGUUUAUCCUGGACUAUUUUAUCUGAAACUUAGCAGAGAGGACCUUUUAUCACGACAGAAACUUGGGGCAUGUGCAUUGGUUGGUUUUGGCAUUUGUGUUGGCCUUCUCAGUUUAGUUCUAAUAAUCUUCAAUUGGACUGACCAGUAACAGACUGUUGUUGAUGUCUGAACAGCUUCAGAAGGACAAGAACCAGAGACAUGUCAAAACUACCAAGAUGAAUGCUAGAUAUCCUCAGGGAAACACUGACCAAAGCUAUCUCUGGAAGAAAUAAUGCUGUUUUUCACUGCAUUAGUGAUGUUCCCUUAAUCUUGAGUCACUCUCUUCACUUACUGGACGAUUAGUCUUUGCCAUUGUAAAAUAAUAGUUUUUAAUUCUGAAAUCAUGACGGGUAAAAAGGUCUCUUGAAUUUCUGCAUUGCAAAAAUGCUUCAGUGCACGUGGUGGACAAAGGCAGAAUCUUGAACUAACUUCUGUUUCAAAGACAAUGAGUUGGAUAGAUCUGCUAUGUAGAUACGCUACAUCAGUCAUGAUGUGCAUCUUGAUGUGUGCAUUUAGUAUAAUACACACAUUAUCCUAGACAGUGAAAGAUUUCUAUUGCUUGAAUAAUUCCAAAAUUUCAGCCAGUUCAUAUUAAGAACUUCCUGAUUCCAGAUAUUUACCCUAAUUUAUCCUAACAUGGAUCCAGAAACCAACUGCCUUAGCCCAGUUUAAUGGGCGCAUCAUUAUAGUAUUUGUUCAUUGUUUUUUGAAACACAGUUUUUAUACUUCCACCUACUAGAAUCAUACUGAAGUAAUUUUUAAAAUAGAAGGUUUUGCCCAUCUAGCAUAACAGCUUUUAGUAGUAUUGGGAAGUAUUUCUAUUUUGCUGUUAAUAAUAGACAUUUUUCAACUAAUAUCUAUUUUUGGAUAUUAUUCAGUGCACCUCAGUAUUUCUCCCAGUGAAAGACUUAUUUUGUUUUUCUUAUUCCUAUUUUUACAAGUGUUUCGUAUUUGAAAUAGUGUUUCUAUAUUUUAUGUACUGUUGUAUGUCAGAAGGUUGGGGCUUGAAAUGUGAAAUUCUGCUCUGAAGACAAAGGAAAUCUUAUGUUUAUGGAACCCUAAUUUUACCUUGGAUCUCUAUAAACUUCAAUGUACUCUUUUA